AGCAUCCUAUAAAACAAGGCACAGCCGCUGGCGCCCACAGGAUCCAACUAGGACGCCGACACUCCAGGGUCUUUCUCGCACAAGGCAGGCAGAAUGAAGGGAGCAGUCGUUGCUUUUCUCGCACUUUACGUCGUCGCAGUAACCUGCUCGGCGCACGUACUGUCCCAGGAAACGAAGAAAACACAGGAAGGUGGUCUGAACCAGAACUUGGGAAACGAAGUCGAACUUGUAGGAAAGCUGCUGUUAGAGACAGCUGAAGUGCUCGCCAAGGACAACUCGAAACAGGAUGAUGAGUACUUCCUAAGAGACCUGCUCGAAAAGGCAAGGGAUGCCCUGACGAACGCUGGUAAGAAGAUGACGGAGGUCGCAAAAAAUGCCGUAGAUGACGUGAAGACAGCCAUGCAAAAGGCCUUUGAAAGGACCAAGCAGAAGGCAUCGGAAAAGGCUCUUGAAAUUCUGGCAAAGGUCAUGGGCGAUUCAAUGGCUUCGUAUGCUGCUGAAGAUUCGGGCUCGCAGAGCGCUUUCCGUCAAACCGUAGUUGAUAAGCUUCAGCUCGUUGGCAACAAAUUUGUCGCCGCGGGCAAGAAGCUUUCAGGCCACUAAAGAAGUGAAAUGUGUGUUCACAGGCAAUUCGAACGAGCAACUUGAAUAAAGUAUUCUUGUUAU